GACCAUCUCCAUUGAACUGUCAAUGUCACAUAAUAACCCGACUGUUUGGAAAGGAUCGUAGAAUUCACACAAAAAAUGUCAAGUUGCUCAACCAUUUCUUUGAUCAAGAUGUUAUUUUUCAAUUCCCUCCUCAUGGGGCUUGUUCUGUGGUGACGAAUUGGACUUUCAGUUGUCAUGUUCACAAACUCCAGGGAAGCAAAUAAUGUAGACAUUUCAAAGUUCAAAAUGUAAAUUAAACAACAACCACCUCCUGAUUUACCUGGUUAGCUUUGUUUCCCACUGACAGCCAUCUGCUGUGAUAACUGAUAUUGCUGAGAUAACGUGAUGGGUUAGGGGGUGGGUUGGGCAGACAGUAUCCCUCAAAGGCAGAGUGUUUGGUUUCUGACUGUUGCUAAAAGAUAAUCUAAGUUUGUAUGCUGCAGCAUUUUUUUCAAACACAAACUAUGUUUUAAACAUACAAGAGAGAAAAUUGAGGAGGAGGAGGACUUAUCUCAUCAUUUAAAAGUGUCUUGCUCAGUUUGCAAAGCAGUAAGGCAUCAAAAUGUUACGAUUUGUGAUUGGGCACAUCUACACAACAGUGCUAAAGCUGAAAUAAGAUACACAACUUGAGCUACAUCAGUUGCAUAGCUUAAGUUGAAAUAGCUUAUUUAGGCUUUUGGUGCUGUCUACACAGCAGGAAGUCUGAGUUAGAGCACCUUUCCUCUGACUUCCCUUACUCCUUGUAAAAAGAGUGUUACAGGACUUGCAGUAGGAAGUCCUUCAGCUCGACAUUAUUUCAACAUUAUGUCAAAAUAACUGCUUGCUGUGUGGACUAUGCUAUUUUGGAAUAAUGUCAGUUAUUCCAAAAUAACAUUACUAUGAAGACAUAGCCCUAAUCACCAAGAAUGGGUUUGGCACAGUUCACAUAGAUAAAAGUAAUCCCUGCACCAAAUACCUUACGAUUUAGAAUAUGUAUUUUUAAUAUUCUGAGACUGAAGUUUAAUCUAUCCAGCUGAUGAAUUACACAUCUGAAAGAUAUUGUCUGGCUAAUUUGGGUUGUGAAUGCCUUGUGGUAGGAACUGUUUCUUCCUGGGAGUUGUACUGUGUGUGGUACUGUGCAUAAAUGAUAACGUCAUACUCUUCAGAAAUGUUUCUUCUGACCCAGACUGAAUAUGAGACAUUGCAGGCCAUUAGGAACUGUGGACUGAAAUUAAAUGAAAAGGGAGCUAAAAAGAAUGGAAACUCUCUUCCAAGCUAAAAUAACCAGAGAGUCUCUUACAUAUUUCUUAUAUUAACUUCACAGCACAUGAAGGUGUUAAUAUGUCAUGUUCCCAUCAAUGUGCGAGUGUCCCUUUCAAGUCCUCUGCUUCACCUCCACUUGUGGAAUUUGUUGUGCCAGUGGGACUGGACUUGCUAUAAAAAUCCAGCACGUUAGGUUCUUUUCCCAUUCAGGCAGCUUGGGAGCUUGAAGAGGAAUCUCUGCCAAGAACUGCCUCCCGGGAGAGUGAUCAGUUCAUCCCUUCUGAUAAGCUGUUUGGUGACUGACAGAGGAUGAGCGUGAGGCUUGGCUGGAUGGUCUGUGUACUCUGCCUAGCCACCACUGCCAGUGAAUUAACUCAAAAAAAGCUCAAGGAGGCUUUGCUGGAGAAACUGGGGCUCUCUGAGAUUCCAAAACUUCAGAAGAGAGAUCUAGUGAACCUAGUUAUCCCAGAUCACAUCAGGAACAAAUACAUCUCCAUGUUGAGGCGCCACAGAGUGAAGAGAAGAGCCUUGCCAAGUUUGGCUGGCAUCCUGAGAGGCAUCCCAGGCAAUGCAGAUAUUUCAGGAGAAGUUCUCUAUUCUGAUACUACACGCCAGAAUCUGGUCUUUGACAUGGAAGGAAGAAUACCUGAAAACAGUGAAGUCACAAUGGCUGAACUAAAACUUUUCAAAAAACCCCUGAACAGAACAACCUUGCCUACCACCAAGCAAUCUCACAGACCAGUCACUAAUGCCAGAGUCAGCGUAUAUUGGGUGCAGAUCCAUGCUGAUGGCACCAACAGGACUUCCCUGAUUGAUUCCAGGCUGGUUCCAAUAAUGGAAUCUGGUUGGACGAAUUUUGACGUGACUCAGGCUGUACAUUACUGGCUAAAAGCCAAGAAGCCAGGACCAAUGCUCCUGGAGAUUUGGAUUGAAGGAGAAAGGCUAGGCAGCUAUGCCUCAGAAAUGGCCAAAGUGGUGCGGUUUACCUCUCAGGAUCCUUUGGAUAAAGCCCUGGGCAGACCCGAGUUGGUUCUUUAUACUCUCAACCUGGAAGAAUAUGGGGGGCCUGGAGACUGCAGGGAGGAAACUGUGAUGAAGAAACCCACCUGCUGCCGACAGGAACACUACAUCAACUUCCGAGAGCUGACCUGGACUCAGUACUGGAUUAUUGAGCCUGCAGGGUACCAGGCCUACCUCUGUGUGGGGGGCUGCGUGCAGGCCAAGAGCCUGUUGCGUCGCUUUGGCUAUGGGGAAAGAACCUGCGCUGUGGUGGAGAGCUCCCCACUGCCCAUGAUGUACCUCGUCAAGAAGGGAAACUACACAGAGAUUGAAGUGGCUGAAUUUCCUAACAUGAUUGUAGAAAAAUGUGGCUGUGUUAUGGACAAUGUAGCAGUGGUGUAGAAUAAACACACGUGGCAAUGGCCUGGCUGCUCUUGCAAGGGGGAGGGGACCUUCAGGAGGCCUGUCCUCCCUUACAGUUCCAGGGAGACAGACUCAAUCCUACAGCUUGCACUCCCUGUGUGCAUAGUACAGGCAAGGGCUGCCAUCAGUCCUAGACACUGCAAAAGGGGUUAGAGACACGGGUCAGCUCUCCUCCCAUCCCUUCAUGCCAGCUGGCUGGUCGAGCUGCCACAAAGGACUUGGCAUACUGCACCCUGUAAAAGGGUUUGGCAGCUGCUUGGAACUGUGUUUGCCCCCAUUGGAGAAUUGGGCCUGCCCGUGUCUUCUUUAGGGAGAGAGUCUGGUCAUUGCCUCCAGCGCAGGGCCCCUCUGUGCCCAUCACUAAUGCAGUAAUGGCCAACAAAGACAGUCCAUAGAUACAUGUAUUUUGCUGCCUUAUGUACUUGAUAACUAUGAAACCUGGCUCUCUCCUUAGAUGAGUGUAACAACAUUGACUUCAGUUACUUUAGACUCAGAUUCAUAGCAAACACCUGCAGAGGAAAGCAGAAAUAGCAAUGAUGAUUUCCAGCUGAAGAACUGUUGAGCCAAUCAGUUUGUGUUGAAAUCUCAGGCCCUACAAUUUUGUCUGUGCAUCAGUCCUGACCAUAAAAAUAUUCUUCCCGUGAAUCACAGAGCAGAAGCACUUAAAUGUAAAUACUGUGCAACUCAAAGCUGUCUAUUUCUCACCUUUGUGCCAUGAGCUAAGAAUAUUUCAGCUAGAGGUUGAGAUACAUAAUCAUAGGCCAGGUCUGAUCCUUCAGUCCUGAAAUCAGUGGGAAUGUGGGGGGGAGGGGGGAAGGUAAAGACUGCUUAUGUGAUGAAUAAGGGUUUGCAGGAUCAGGCCUUUAAUUUUUCAAUGUGUGUAUUACAUUCAUUCCAGAGUAGAGAUUUUUUUUCUUCAGUCAUGUAUAUUUUGAAACACCAGGAAAACAAUAAAA